CUCAACCUCAGAUGUGAGCUCAUCCUCAUAUAUAAGCUCAACCUCAUAUAUGAGCUCCACUUCUGGGCACUAUUCGGGUAGUAGCUCGAUCGAGACUACAACUGAACUAAACACAAAUCGAAGCAUCAAGAUUAAGGACCAGUCAAAAUACCCUUAUGUGGUAUCCAUAGGGUCAAAUUCAAGGGGAUACUAUAAGCACCUCUGCGUGGGAGUGAUAAUUGCCAAGGAAUUCGUCCUGACGGCUGCCCAUUGCUUCAAGCGGCCACCUGGGAAGAGAAACAAAAAACUAUUUGUGGCAGGUGGCGCGGAUCGACUAAACAGCCUUACACAAACGCGCUUUUUCGUGGUCAGUGUAUUGGCGCAUCCCCAGUUCAGGAUCCUUGGAGGCCACGACAUUGGCUUGGUUCGAGUCUUUCCCCAUUUUACCCUGGACAAUGUCCGAUUUCGGGCCAUUAAGUUUCAGAAUAAGGAGAGGCAGGGUGGCGGUCACAAGGCCACUCUUCUCGGCUGGGGUCGGGUUAAGGUAAAAAUGGUCAAGUCGUUAAAGAAACUGUACUACAAGACCAUAGAGAACGAUGUUUGCCUUCGAAAGCACCGAUUCCGUUUCCUCACCGGCUCUGAAAUAUGUGCCACGCACUACAAUGGACCCAUCGGGGCCUGUGAUGGUGACUCUGGAGGUCCUUUAUUAGAUUUAAAAACGGAAUUUAUUUACGGAUUACUUUCCUACACUAGAAAAGCCUGUGUGCCAAGGAAGGCUUAUGCCUUUACGAGGAUAAGCACUCAUUCAAGUUGGAUUGAGGAGACAAUGCCAAAAAUGCGUAAAAUAAAUAUUAAUCCUGGAAACUAUACCAUUUGGAAAGAUAGACAAUAAUCAAUCACUUGUUUAUUCCAAUAGCUAUAAUUAUAUUGAAAAAUAAAAUAACCAAAACCAUUUUUUCUGAAAA